CGGUCUCGGGCGCGCGCCGAGCUCCUUCCCCCGGGUCUCGGAAGUCGGUGCCAGUGACCGGAGGCGGCGGCGGCCAACGGGUGCUUGUGUCCUAGAAAAAUCCUACAAAAAUGUCUCUCUAUCCAUCUCUUGAAGAUUUGAAGGUAGACAAAGUAAUUCAGGCUCAAACUGCCUUUUCUGCAAACCCUGCCAACCCAGCAAUAUUGUCAGAAGCUUCUGCUCCCAUCUCUCAAGAUGGAAAUCUCUAUCCUAAACUGUAUCCGGAGCUCUCCCAGUACAUGGGCCUAAGUUUAAAUGAUGAAGAAAUACGUGCAAAUAUGGCCGUGGUCCCUGGAGCACCAGUUCAGGGGCAGUUGGUAGCAAGGCCUUCCAGUAUGAAUUAUAUGGUGGCUCCUGUAACUGGUAAUGAUGUUGGAAUUCGUAGAGCAGAGAUUAAGCAAGGGAUUCGUGAAGUCAUUUUGUGUAAGGAUCAAGAUGGAAAAAUUGGGCUUAGACUUAAAUCAAUAGAUAAUGGUAUAUUUGUUCAGCUAGUCCAGGCUAAUUCUCCAGCCUCAUUAGUUGGUCUGAGAUUUGGGGACCAGGUGCUGCAGAUCAACGGUGAAAACUGUGCAGGCUGGAGCUCUGAUAAAGCACACAAGGUGCUCAAACAGGCUUUUGGAGAGAAGAUUACUAUGACCAUUCGUGACAGACCCUUUGAACGCACAGUUACCAUGCACAAGGAUAGUACUGGACAUGUUGGUUUUAUCUUUAAAAAUGGGAAAAUAACAUCCAUAGUGAAAGAUAGUUCUGCAGCCAGAAAUGGUCUUCUCACCGAACAUAACAUCUGUGAAAUCAACGGGCAGAAUGUCAUUGGUUUGAAGGACUCUCAAAUUGCAGACAUACUGUCAACAUCAGGGACUGUAGUUACCAUCACAAUCAUGCCUGCUUUUAUCUUUGAGCACAUUAUUAAACGGAUGGCACCGAGCAUUAUGAAAAGCCUGAUGGAUCACACCAUUCCUGAGGUUUAAGUCAUAGCACCGUGUAAACACAGCUGAACUUCUCCAAUUUCCUUCUUCGGCAACUUCUGCGUUAUGCACUCGAAGCUUUCCUGGAGCCAGGGAACAUAUGCUGCAUGAGGACCUUUCUGUACAUCAUGGCUGGGAACCUUACUGUUGCAUCUGAUACUUUCUUCAGAUUUCAAGAUAGUUGUAGCCUUAUCCUGAUUUUACAGACGUGAAACUUUCAAAAGAUUUACUGACUUUCCUAGAAUAGUUUCUCUACUGGGAACCUGAUGCUUUUAUAAGCCAUUGUGAUUAGGAUGACUGAUACAGGUUUAGUUUUGUGUGAGAAGCAGUCACUUGUCUCCUGAGUAAUGAAUAGUGUGUUCAUGUUACUUUAGUUGUAUGGUGUAUUUACAUUUUUAACAUGUUACCAUAGUACAUUUAGGAUGAUUGCCUUUGAUAGUUUAAGUUCUGUGUGUGUGUGUGUGUGUGUGUGUGUGUAUGACACCAAUUAAGUAACACUGAUUUCAUUCCAUGUAAGCAUUACAGUGUGUGUAGGUUGCCAGAGAUUGUAAUGAUUGCCAUUAAAUUUUAACUACCUUCACUUAAUAAUGCUUGAACUGUCGCCUUAACUGUGUUAAGCAUCUAGAAUAAAAGCCAAAAUAUAAUUAUUGCUGCCUUUCUAAAACCCAAAAUGUAGUUGUAUAUUAAACUGAAAUGUACACUAGCCCAUAACAGUUUAAUGGUACUUACUGAGCUAUGGCAUAGCUGCUUAGUUGUAGUUGAGAUUUUCUAGUCAUUGCAUAAUAGAAAUUUCUUUCUUCUAAUAUUUGCCAGUAUCACUUUCUGAAAAACAAAUUGCUAUUAUAUUUAAUGUAAAAAUUUCUUAUACUAAACAGGAUAACCUUUGGACUCCUUUUUUUCAUUUGUGGAUUAAGUGAGAUAAUACUUAAUUUUGGCAUUUGAAUCUUAAUUAUGUGUAACUUACCUACUUCAGAAUGCUCUUAGAAUGUUUUCCUGAUAAUUUGUUGUCUCUGACUGACUCUUCCUUGAAAACAAAAUGGCAGUGACAUUUUAUCCUGUUUUCUUUUUGAUUUAUGCCUAUCCUAUUUUAAUUAAAUAUGUAUAAAGUUAAAUUUUAGUCUGUUA